AUGCAGCAGGCCCUUAAAAAGUCUUGCCAGUUUCCAAAGUCUCUCAGUUUACCUAAUGGCAUUGAACCGGACGUUAGUACGUUACUAUUACAACCAUCUUCAUUAUCUACGACGAGAACAACGAGGAACUUUGUCUGUAUAAUACCCAAAUUCCCAUUCCCAAACCUGAGAAUCCCAUCUCUGGCCGCACCAUCUUCCACAAAUCGGUGCUUGCAGUUGAGAUGCUCGGUGGAUCACAAGGACCAGCAGCAGUACAGUACCAACACCCAGGUGGCGUAUCCGAAGCCCACGGAGAUCCAGUGGAGUAAGGAGCUCAGCAACACGGUGAACAUCAUCGGCAUUGUCGGCACCCCCUCUGGCAAAGCCCUCGCCUGGACGCGCCUCGCCGUCAAGAAGUCCGCCUCCCUCACCUCCUGGAUAAAUUUGACAUUUUGGGAUGAGCUAGCGCAUAUUUCUUUUCAGCAUGUGGAGAAGGGCCACCAAAUAUCUGUCUCGGGCCGGCUGGUCGCAGAUAUAGUUGAAAGCGAAGAUGGAAAACAGCAGACCUACUACAAGGUAAUUGUUCAACAACUUAAUUUUGUUGAAAGGAGCCUCUCAUCCACGCCUUUGUAUGAUCAUGACUCUAAUUCCAUGAUGGCAGGUAAAAAGCUUGGAAAUAUUGCUGCAAGUAAUGUGGGUUCUGUCGAAGAAUUAUGGCAAGCCUUCUUUGCUAAUCCAGUGGAUUGGUGGGAUAAUAGGAAGAACAAGAAGAACCCAAAAUAUCCGGAUUUUAAGCACAAAGAUACUGGAGAAGCUUUGUGGGUUGAAGGCAGGUACAAUCCGCCAUGGGUGAAGUCCCAACUGGCAAUACUGGAUACACGAAUGGGGUCCCUCUAUGAUCAGGAUGCUAGGAUUGAUGCAAAUAUAGUGGCUUGUGAUAAAUUCUUGCCUUUUUAAGUGCUUAUGAUGCUGAUCUUUAGGUUUGGUGCUGAUGGGGCAGUUUCUCUGUAUAUUUUUCCCCUUUUGGCGGAUAAGCUGGAAGAUCUUCGGAGAAUGUGUUGAAAGUUUGCAGUCUACAGUGUGGUUUUUACAUGAUAUGCAAAUUAUAAGUCAGUCUGCAUUUACUCCCCUUGGAGAUUAUGAUGUUGAUUUUUCGGUAUUGGUGCUAAUGGGACAGUUUCUCUGUAUAUUCUUCUUCGUUUUAAUGUUAGCAAUUUACUUGAAAAAAUACAUUGGCUGGUCUCCCAUUUCGGUUCUUCCAUGCAGCUAGAUUACUUUUUAACCAUGAAAGGUGGACUUUCAGAUUCAUUUGAACAAAAUAUCAUUUAUUCUGCUUGUUCAUCAACAAUUCCAUUUUUGAGGUAUAAUCGUUGGGGCCAAUGUUGGUGCAAUAAGGCGACAAUGUCUACCUUCAACAAAUGGAAUGCUCCAUCCAAGCUAAAUUAUCUCUUGGCUAUUAAGUUACAAACAGCAGUAGCGGAUAGCAGAA